UGCUUGCAAAUACGGUAUAUGUAAUAUGUCCAUUUCUUCGAAAUCAGACGAAAAAGGAAAUAUCGUCACCGAGGUGCAUCUCAGCAUUAUGACAAAAGCAAAACCGAAUGUUAAGAUCGAGGAUAUUCCAGUAAUCAACGGUUUUCGAGGUGUCAGUGAGGACUACAAUAAGCAACCGAGUUUUCAUUCAAUAAAUUCGCCACGUUCAGUAGAAGCGCGUUUAAAUCUUAAUAAUAUUCCACAGAUUCAAUUUAAUUAUCAUGGAUAUGGUGAGCCCUGGCAUGGACGAACUUUUCGACCGCCACAAAUGUAUUGGAAUUAUCAUUAUGGAAAUCAUGGUAACGUGAAAUUUCGGAGUCAUAAGACAUGGACACGAGAUAGACCCAUAGUGGAUGAUAAAAUUGAACCACCACUUAGCAAGACCAAAUCCAGCGACAAUUAUAAUUAUUAAAUAAUUCAUUAAACUGUAAAGCUUUAAUGAUGUAAAUAUUGCUAUAACAUUAAUCAUGUUAUAAAAUCAAUUUAACGAUCACAUAAUAAAAUUAAGAAA